AACAUUGUCUGACCUUCUCUCGUCAAACACACACCAAAAUGUCUACUUUCGCUUUCCUCCUCCUCUGCGUCCAGGCUUGCUUGGUCCAGAAUGUAUACAGUCAGUGCAAUGGUGCUCUUGGCUGGGAUGCCGGGUUAGCUGGACCCUACGGCUACGGUUUGAGAGACGGUAUCGCUGGACCCUAUGGCUUCGGAUUGGGAGACGGUAUUGCUGGACCCUAUGGCUUCGGUUUGAGAGAUGGUUUCAUCGGUGAAGCUGCCUAUGGAGGCACUGGAGUCGGUGAUGUGGCUGUCGCUGGUGAGAUGGGCGUCGCUGGUACCACCCUGGUCGCUGGUCAGGUGCCGAUCCUCGGUGCAGUAGGAUUCGAAGGCAUCGUUCCCGCCGCCGGAGCUGUGACCAUUGCUGGCAGCUGCGGUUGUGGUUGUGGCGCUUUCCAUUACUGAACAACAAUUCGAACAUCGACACUGCAAAAAUGAUAUAAAAUAAAUGAUAUUGCUCUA